GGUCCCGAACCUAUAGAGGCGAUUCGCUUCAUCACUUCCACGCAGAUUCAUGCUCGUGCUUGAAGAAGAACGAUGCGUUCGCAGUUGAGCUCAGACUGCGUGUUCUCAUUUAAUUCGCCGUUUUUUUCUGGAAGAGCGCGCGGAACUCCUGCAAAAGCCAAAACAAGAUCGCUCCUCACUUCUUCGUCUACCCCUGACGUGGAGUCUGCGCUACCAUCUAAUGCAGUGCUUCCAUCAUCGUCGGCUUCGUCGCCGAUGUCACGUGGCUUGCCCAAUCACCUCUCUUCGACGACGUCAGCUACCUGGUCGUCUGCACCUCGCGUGUCGUUCACCUUGCGCUCCCGCUUGCCGCCCGCUGUUAGGCCGUGUGUACUUGGCAGCUUGCGGCCUUCGUCUUCGUCACGGGAUGAGUGCUGUUGGGCAUCGCCAGGAAACAACCAUCAUCGCCGCAGGCCGCUCUGCGAACGCCGGCCAGCCGGUGACGCGGCGAUGCGGUGCCGCACCGCUGGCCGAGCCCCGACGCUGCUCGUGCUUCCAGCUCUCGCAGCGUGGCUGGCGGUGCUGAGCGGCGGUGCGCUGGCGUCGCCGGGCGUCACCGGACCAGCCAACAACGAGUCGGUGCGGUUCCUGGUGUUCGGCGACUGGGGUGGCCUGCCUUUCUACCCGUACACGACGCGCAUCCAACGAAACCUGGCCAAGACCAUGGCGGUCGUGGCGGCUGCCAAGCGCAUCGACUUCGUCCUCUCGCUCGGGGAUAACUUCUACUUCAAGGGUGUCCGUUCGGUCGACGACCGACGCUUCAAGAGGACGUUCGAGGACGUGUACUCGGCGCCAUCGCUCCAAGUUCCUUGGCUCAUCGUGGCUGGAAACCACGAUCAUGACGGCAACGUGUCAGCCCAGAUAGAGUACAGCAAGAGGUCCAAACGCUGGCACUUCCCGUUCUACUACUACAACAAAACCUACCAGAUCCCGGGUGCGGCUAACCAGACUCUGGAUAUCCUGAUGCUGGACACGGUGUUGCUUUGCGGGAACACAGAUCCUGACGAUGAAGAGUCUCAACCUGUGGUGCGGAACAGGAACGAGGCGCUCUACAACCGACAGUUUCGCUGGAUCAACAAAACCCUCGCACAGACCAAAGCCCGCUACGUGCUGGUGGCUGGCCACUACCCCAUCUACUCCGCCUGCUCUCACGGGACCACCAAGUGCCUGGAGAGAGACCUGGACCCGCUGCUGCGAAAGUACCGCGUCAAUGCCUAUCUGGCAGGGCAUGACCACGAUCUUCAGCACAUCCGUCCUGAGCGGCUCGGUUGGAACGUGGAGUAUUUCAUUAGCGGUUGCACCAACUUCAUCAACCCCUCGUUGAUACACCGGCGUUCCCUUCCUCGGAACUCUCUCAAGUUCGCCUGGGCCUCCGUGUUCAGCUACGGCGGGUUCGCCUACAUGGAGGUCGCAGAGGACUCCAUGGUUAUCACCUUCUACGACUCCGGCGGCAAAAUCCUCCACGAGAACGUCAUGAAACCCAGGCCGCCAGCCGCCGAACCUGAAAAAUUGCGCCGCUGACUGCGACUGUCGCGAUGCUGCUUACACAUGCUAGUUCUGUUGUCGUUGUCAUUUUUCUUUCUUAUUGCUGCGUUUCGAAGCGUCAUAGUUUUCGCUCACAAAAAAGACAAAGAAAAAAAAAGAAAACGGGCGAAUGUACAUGCUGUGUAUUUCUAAGUUCUACAAAUGUAUUGUCCAGCAUUGUAUACCUUUAUUGUACCAAUAGAAAUUAAAAACCUAUCAUAUGCACCAAUACGCCACGUACGUUUAUCACCAUCUUGCGAACAAAUUUUAAAAUAAAUGA